AUGGAUUACAAUAUGAAAUUUGUAGAAUUAUUGAAGAAACAUGAGAAUCAUCAGAUGAUACUUAAGGUGACAUUGGAUGUGAUGCUUUAAGAGAAAAAUUACAAAAGUCAACUUGUCAAAUAUAGAGAUGAAUUGAGAAGAGAAGAUAAAAUAUUAGUAACCAAAUGCACCAAAGCGUUAAAAGAAUUGGCUAUGAGAUCAUAGCAAGAUUAAGUUAAAGCAUUAGAGAAAAUUAGCAAAAUCGACCAAUAGAUUAUGCUUUAUCUAAAGGAUUAAGUAUUACCUAUCAUUCACUUUGAUAGAAAGUUAAACAAUUACACUUUCAUAAAGUACUACACUGAUCCAGAAAACUCAAUCAAUCCAUAAGAAACCAUCAUUGAGACACAAUACAAAGAAAAUACAAAUCUGGAAUCUUUCGAGGCUGAUUUCUCCAAGUUGGAGUGGAAGUUGGAAAUUACUUUAUCCAGCAUCAAGAUGAGAAAAGUAAUUCGACCAUUGAUUCUUUUAAUAUUCCAUACAAAAAAAGGAGUCAAGAAAACCAUGUACUUAGAUUACAAUCAAUUCUAAGAGUUCAGAAAGAAUGUUGCCUUAUGCUUAAGACAAAUCCAUAUUAUUGAGAGUAUUUAAAGUAAUUUUUGA